UCUUCCCGGUCCCGGUCUGUCUUAAUUCCCUUCUGCUGCACCCCCCCGUCUAGCCAGUGCCUCAGACAUUCCCCCUCUACCCUGAAAAAGCCUUUUUUCCCAUCAAUUGUGACCACCAUUGCUGAUCCAUGUUCUCUCACUUCUACCCCCGCAGUCCAAUUGCGAUUGUUCUUCUCACUGGGUGGGUACUCUUGUUGGGAAUUCCACUAGUGGUGUGUGUGUGGCCUCGUGAGUGUGAGGAGGAGGGGUCGCAAGGUUACGAGAUUGGACAGGCGGGUUGUGGAUGUGCGCUCUUUGUGACAUGGAGGAGGUGGCGCUGUGAAGAGGUAGUUUGAGAGGGAAAAGAGUUCGUGAGGUGUGUGUGGUGUUGAUUGACGAGGUUGUAGAUAGUAAUGGCGAUGAUGGUGGACGGGUGCGAUAGGCCUCGUGAAGAGGCGCACAGAAUGAGAGCCAUGGCGAGCUCCGGAGCGAGUCUCGGGCUGGGCGUGGAGUUUUCGAUGGUGCGCGGUGGUGAUGGUGUCGGGCCGCGCUCGUGCCCGGUGCAGUUGGAUCUGCUACCUUUGAGGCCGUCGUCGCAGUCGAAUUCGAACUCGCAGGCGACGGCUCCGUCCGUGCCUUCGUCGACUUCGUACCGGGGUUUGGCGUGGCAGGCGCUGGUCGGUUCCACGACGAACUCCGGGAGCGGGAAUGAUGAUGGAGAGGUGACGACGUAUGCGAGUGGGGGACGGGGUGGGUCGCCGAGAGGUGGCAUAGACGUGAACCAGAUCCCGUCGACGGAUGGGGAGGAGGAGGAAGAGGCGGCGGUGUCGUCGCCGAGCAGCAUCGGGAUGAAGCGGGGGCGUGAGAAGAGUGGGCAGGAGUUCGAAGUGGAGAGGGAGAGGAAUACAACGUGCGAGAUGAGCUCGCGGGGGGGAAGCGACGAUGAGGACGAAGGGACGACGCGGAAGAAGCUGCGACUGUCGAAGGAACAGUCGGCACUGCUGGAGGAGAGUUUCAAGGAGCACAGUACGCUGAACCCGAAGCAGAAGAACGCUCUGGCGAAGCAGCUGGGUCUCCGGCCGCGGCAGGUGGAAGUGUGGUUCCAGAACAGGAGGGCUCGGACAAAGCUGAAACAGACCGAAGUGGACUGCGAGUUGCUUAAGCGAUGCUGCGAUUCGCUGAAGGAGGAGAACAGGAGGUUGCAGAAAGAGUUGCUGGAGUUGCGAGCCAUCAAGGUGGCGCCUCCAUGUGUGAUAUCGCACGAUUACUACAUGCCUCUGCCCGCGGCGACGCUGACGAUGUGUCCGUCAUGCGAGAGAGUGGCGACGGUGGACAACAGGUCGUUGACGUUUGCGAAGCCAGGGUUUUCACAUUUGUCGCAAUCAAGCGCAGCAUGUUAGUGAGAGAAGGAGGCAGGUUUAGAUGAGUUAUUUUUAAUUUAUAUUUUAUUUUUUGGGUUAGAGGUUAAUUUCCACGGGCACCUUCCAUUGAAGAGGCGCGUCUUGUGUUGUACCAGUAUUUUUUGUCUAGCCUCCUUUUUGCAAACGAGCUCUCAUGGGCAGCGAUGUUUCCUUAUCUUUCUCUACCCAAGGCGGACCUUAAAGUACAGUUUACAGUGCUCUUUCUUAACGACUCAUUGAGGAGAACGAGAACUCUUUACUCCUUUUCUUUCACA